CUGCUGCUCAGUAUUGUCUCUAUGAUCCAGUGUAUGAAUUAAUUUCCCUGCCUUCACCGAAAUGCGCCUUCCAGCUAGUACCAUACCUUCUUUGCACCUAAGAAAAAAGCGCACUAGUCAAUGAUGUUAAAAGUCUUACGAAAAUAACUUACCUUAGUUUAACAAAACACCAAUAAUGUGGGCGCUUUCGUGGCUUGCGCUUGACGCUUGGCAAUGGACGACCACGGGGCCGGGCAACGAUGUCUUCGCUGCUGGACCCCACCUCAGCCAUGGUCGCGAACUCUUAGCUAGCAGAGCAGCUGGAGUGGGCGUCGGCGUCUUUCUUAUUUUCUUCUUCCUGGCUCUUUCGGUGGUAAUAUGCAUAUUCGGAUCAUGGUCAAAGUACCGCUGGGCUAUCUACACGGCGUCCACGGCCCUGUUUGGCAUCGUGGCGUUGAUCCUGCUGGCGUCGCCAAAGGGCAGCAAACCAGCCAGGCCGGCCGAGGGCUACGACCGCACCAUCGUACCGCUGGUGGUGAUCAUGGCGCUCACGGUGGUGGGUGUGCUGGCGGGGGCCGUGGGGCUGCUGGUGUUCCAUGUGCUGCCGCCGCUGUACGCGCGACCGCUGAGCUACCACCUUGACGUGAUGCAGCAGCGGGAUUGAGGAGGCGAAGGGCAUGCGUUGAGCGGGGGAGGGGAGGGCGGAAGGAGGGGACAAACAUGCGUUGAGCCUGGGGAGGGAGAGAGGAGAAGGAGGGAGGCAGGGGCGUGCAGCUUAGCAGCAUCCUGUAACCCAGAAAGAGCAGCGUUGUUUUGGCGCUGGCUGUCUGGUCGGCGUCGGCUGCGAACGGGGCAGGGAGCUGUUUCGGGACCACUUGUUUACCGUAUUUACGUAUGCCAGCUCAGCUCCUCAUACCAGUAUGUAUGUAUAUGUGUGGCACUACAGUUGGCGUGAUGAAGAUGCUGCGUGUGAUACCCAAGUUUCUGCUACCCAACGAGAAGCGGGCGUACGGUAGUAAGGUGCGUGCACCGGGCCAAACUUCAAUGAGUUACUGAAGUAAUGGGUCCAUGAACGGCGCAGUCUGUAUCGCAAUGGCAAUGGCAUGCAGGAGCCCAACGAUGGACGUGGCACAGCAGUGCCCUGGGAGCCUCCUGUAACAACGGUCCUGAAAA